AUGUCCUCAUUUGCGCCGAAACCUGGGUGUCCGAUGUGUAGCAUCGUUGCCUCGUCUGCACAUAUGAUACCAAACACUCCUCGUGCCCCAACAUUUCCUGCUGGCUCCACCCAACCAGAAGUUCUGUGGAGAGACGAGAACUUCACUGCUUACCGCGAGAAAGCAAAUCCCGUUUCAACUAAAGGCCAUAUUAUCGUUGCCUUCAACCUCCACGUUCCCUCAAUUUAUACCCUUUCCUCAACCGACCUCCCCCUGCUAGUCAACAUUCGAAACCUUGCGACUCGUCUCUUGACAAAUAUCCUCCCUUCCUCCUCACCUACUCUUCCAGCGACUUCUUCUCCGACCGCAUCUACACCAAACUCGCAGCUCCAGAUUGGGUUCAUCACACCACCGUUCUCUGAUAGGAAAAUCCCUGUAACAGACCACUUACAUGCGCAUGCUUAUAUUCUACCCGCCGACCAGCUGGGUUGGUGGCGUGGAAUUGCCUACGGACCGCUGGCAUGGUACGCCAUCGACGAUCUAAUUGCGGAAAUACGGGAGUCGGUGACGAAUAAUCGCAUCAAGUCUGGCCACGAUAACCGAGCGCGAGCGCCUAUCGACAAUGUCCCGGAUGCUGGGGCAAGGUCAGGGACUGCAAAUGGGUUAGAGACAACAGAGCCAGGAUUGUCAGCCAACACAGACGCUGAAUUAGAAGGAGGCGGGCGGACUCCAUCACAUCUCGCACCACCAGAGAACCGACCUUGA